AUGAGUAUUUUUAGUCCUUAUCUUAUCGCAGUAAGCGCAUGGAGAGAACCCGUACCGCCCCGCAAUAGGAGGCUCAGAAUAAGCCCCGGUGCCGGUGACCCCACGUCACGUGCCCCCACUCAUAGGCUCACUUCUGGCGAGGCGCACUCGAUUUACUCAGCAACUUCUUCUUUCAGGAAAAGACACUGGCCGCUCGAGAAGAGAGCAAAUCCCACAGUCAACAGCCGCACCCCUGCUAUCCGAAGCAGACUAUAUAAGCGUGUGCAUCCGCCCCUCCCUUUUUCCCUUUUUGUUCCUGAUCCAGACCCCCGUUUCUGGUUCUUUUCGCCCUCUUUUGUCCUUUCUGGCCCAACCAGGAUGGGAAACGUGCCUGCCAAAGAGCAGCGGCCCCGGGCGGCGUCCACGGCGUCGCACAGCACCGUAGGCAGUGCGCCACGCACCGCGCGUCGGCGGGCAACGCUGUCGCUCUCGGUUUCGGGCAACUUGUCGCUUUUCUCGCACAAGGGCUCCAAAAACGAAGACAAGUGGAAAAACAGAGAACGCCAUUUCCUGGAUCUUGUUGUGCGGCACCAUGAGUGCUGCGACGGCGGCUACUUGGCGCCUCUGGGCAUCUACAAGCUGAAUCUCGACUACGACACCACCAUUGUGCGCCAACUUAUUGUGGCCCGCAAGCUCGCGCCCUUUUACACGCCGCUCCAGGACUUUGACUCCUCGUGGCUGGAGGACGAGCUUGUCUUGCUCGUGCAGCAGACGCCGCUCCACGCCCCGGACGCGCCCUACUCAGACUCGGAAGAAGACGACGCCGACAACCACAAGAUCCACAAGCUGCUGGGCUACUUCCGGCGCCAGGAGCUGAAGCGGCGCCACCAGGAGCUUCUUGCAAAGACACGUGCCGCACAGGCCCAGUGCGAGGCUGACUACGUCGCAGCACGGCGCUCGGGCGAUCUGCUGGUGGCGUCGCGCGACCUAGUGCUCCGCCUAUAUGGCCAGGCAACCGAGUGUCCCAUUUGUUUCCUCUACUUCCCGCCGCACUUGAACCGCAGCCGGUGCUGCCGGCAGCCCAUUUGCUCCGAGUGCUUUGUCCAGAUCAAGCGCCUUGACCCCCAUCCGCCCCACGACCAUGAUGACUCUGAGCUUCCGCAAACGCUCAUAUCGGAGUAUGCGUGCUGUCCCUUCUGCGCCAUGCCCAACUUUGGCGUCACAUACGAGCCUCCGCGCGAUAUCCACGUUGGAAUCGGCGGCCUGCUGCCGCUGCAGUACGUCGUACACUCUCCGGUGCUGCUGAUUCCGGAAGCAUGCGCUGUGGACGAUCCGGCAGCUUCUCUGGCCGUGGACGACUUGCCUGCAAGUCCGCAACGCCAUGUCCGGCCGCUGCGUCGCCGCUCGUCCGUGGCAGCAGAUGCGGAAGGCGUGGUGACUACAGAUAUGAUCCGACCCGACUGGGAACAGAAACUCUCGAGUGCCAUUAGUAAACUUGCGCGGAAAUCGGCCACUGCAAGCGUCAUCCAUGCAAGUAACUUGAUUCUAGAUGAGGGUAGCAGCAGUGCUGGCCAGCAACUGUAUUUGCUGUCGUUGGAAGACCGCAUGAUCAGAGAAGCCAUGCGACUCUCGCUUCUUGACAAGGACGAAGGAAAGAAAACCACAUAG